CGAAUGCGGCUAGUCGUUACUCUUCGUUCGAGGCAAGCGGUUGGACCCAGAGCCCAGAUUAGCCGAAUCAAAAUGCUGGAUGUGGAGGUGCGAGAACUUAUGCAAGCCUUUGUGCUGAGCGACUACCAGGUUCAAGAGGUGUACAGCCGAUUCUGUGCGGAAAUAGCAAAGGGUUUGAAGCGGUCCACACAUGUGCAGGCCAACACCAAGUGUUUCCCAACUUAUGUGCAGGACUUGCCGACAGGCGACGAGAUGGGCAAGUAUUUGGCACUGGACCUGGGUGGAACCAACUUCCGGGUGCUCCUCGUUUCCCUCAAAGGACACCACGACGCCACGGUGGAGUCACAGAUAUAUGCAGUGCCGAAGGAUUUGAUGGUUGGCCCUGGCGUCGAGUUAUUCGAUCACAUCGCUGAGUGCCUGGCCAGAUUUGUGGAAAAGCACGAUAUGAGAAAUUCACAUCUGCCCCUGGGUUUCACCUUUUCGUUUCCUUGCGAGCAGAUUGGGCUCAAGGAGGCCAUUUUGGUGCGCUGGACAAAGGGUUUUGGCUGCCCGGGGGUGGAAGGCGAAGACGUGGGUCGUUUGCUGCACGAGGCCAUCCAGCGACGGGGCGAUGUGGAAAUUGCCGUCGUGGCCAUUCUCAACGAUACUACAGGCACCCUCAUGUCGUGCGCACACCGCAAUGCCGACUGCCGUGUAGGUGUUAUCGUGGGAACAGGCUGCAACGCCUGCUAUGUCGAAGACGUAGCAAACGUGGAUCUUCUGCACCCGGAUUUUAAGCGAACCCAGCGCCAGGUCCUAGUCAAUGCAGAGUGGGGAGCAUUCGGUGAGAGCGGUCAACUUGAUUUCUUGCGCACCGAAUAUGACCGCGAGGUGGACGAUACGUCGAUCAACAAGUCGGAGCAACUAUUUGAAAAAAUGACAUCCGGCAUGUAUCUCGGCAGAUUGGUUCGUUUAGUACUGAUUCGGGCCAUACAGCGCAAAGUCCUCUUCAAGUUAAGCAACCGACGGGAACACUUUGCCACCGCGAUGCAAAAAAAUGAAGACGUUUUCGAAACGCGAUACAUUUCCGAGAUCGAGUCCGACUCUUUUCCCGAAUUUCCGAAAACAAGAUCCAUUAUCACGGAGCUGUUUGGACUGGAAAAAGCAUCAGUGGAAGACUGUCAGAAGAUCAGGUACAUCUGCGAGUGUGUGUCGAAGCGGGCGGCAACCCUGGUUGCUAUUGGCGUCAGCGGCCUGAUCAACAGAAUUUCGAAUCGACGCAUUGUAGUUGGCAUGGAUGGCUCUGUGUACAGGUACCACCCAAAGUUUGACGCCUACAUGCGCUACACAAUGCAUAAGCUGGUGAAGUCGGACAAGGAGUUUGAUAUUAUGCUAUCGGAGGAUGGUUCAGGUCGUGGUGCGGCUCUUGUCGCCGCAGUGGCCAGUAAGACGAAAUAAGGGCCGGGCCACAUAUUUGUAACUAUAAUAUAAUAAAAAAUUGGUUCAUUACUUGAACUUACAUUC